AUGUUAUGUGGUUCCCCUUGGCAUUUGUGCGAUCAUGUUUUCUUUAUCAUCCAUAUGGAGACUGAAUCACAUUGGAUUCUUGGUCGAUUGAAUAUUGAGGAAAGGCGUGUGUACAUGUACAACUCCUUGUCGACUGCUAUGAAAGAUAGUGCUGCUAUCAAAGCUUGUCAGCCAUUUGCGGUGUUGUUGCCCCACUUUUUUGCUUUGUUUGAUGAGUUCAAAAAGGAAAACAAACCGAUUUGUUUAGACCCUUUCGAAGUUGUUAAGGUUGAUGGUUUGCCUCAACAAACCUCUAAUGACUGUGGUUGUUUCGUUGCAUCGUUCGCCGAAUACUUUAUUGAUAUGAAACCGAUUCCUCCCAUAUUUGAUGUUGAGAAACACCGUGAUAGGCUUGCUGUGUUGUUCUAUAAGUAUGCUCGCAUGAAAGAAGUGGAAUUUAUUGAUAGUGAAGAUGAGGCUCCUCCAAAGGGUCCAAAGAAGAAUUUGUCUUAGUUAUCUAUUGGUUGUUGUUGGAAAUACUACUUUUUUUUUAUGUAGCUUUUGUUUUUUCUAUUACCAGAUUAUGUUCAUAAUCAUAGACAAGUUGUUGUUUCUAUCAUGUUUUUUUCUUAAUUGGAAUUGGUUUUUAAUUUGUUCA